AGCGGAGAAAUUACAAAGGGGACAGGCCAAUCUGUGGGAAUCGAGAGGGAGACACUUCAACGGCUUCCCCUCCACAGACCCAAACACCAUGGUGGAUUAUCCAAUUUCUCCCUCCUCCAACUCUUCCUCCUCCUCUACUCAUCACCUCAGCUUCCUCCCUUAAUACCAAAAGAUCAAGAAACCAUGAUUAUAAACCUCUCAUCCUCCCCUCCAUCAUUAUCUUCUUCAUAUACACUCGGCAGAUUAAUCAAUUCAAAGUCACCCGCCUCAGAGUUCCCCCUAAGGCCCAGAACCCACCUCCCAAAAUCUUACCUCAGCUCAUGUUCCUUUUCUUCUUCAAGCUGCAAAUUUGAUUCCAAGAACCGGUUUUUAUGGGGAAAGAUUAGACACCCAUGUAGCAGGAGGCUCGAUUUCAGGUCCUGGGCUGUUGCCGGGCUUGACUUCAGCAACUUCGAGUCGGUCCUCCAGGCGGCUGGAGUGCUCACCGCCAUCAUUGUAGUCCAUGAGAGUGGCCAUUUCUUAGCUGCUUAUCUUCAGGGCAUUCAUGUAAGUAAAUUCGCAAUUGGGUUUGGUCCAGUUCUAGCCAAAUUCAAUGCAAACAAUGUAGAGUACUCCGUCAGAGCUUUUCCUCUAGGUGGGUUUGUCGGGUUUCCUGACAAUGACCCGGAGAGCGAUAUCCCUGUUGAUGAUGAGAACUUGCUCAAGAACCGGCCGAUUCUCGAUAGGGUCUUGGUAGUUUCAGCUGGUGUGAUUGCCAAUAUAGUGUUCGCGUAUAUCAUAAUCUUUGUCCAAGUGGUUUCGGUCGGUUUGCCAGUCCAAGAGGCCUUCCCGGGGGUCCUCGUGCCUGAGGUCCGGGCUUUCUCGGCCGCCUCCCGAGAUGGCCUUCUCCCAGGGGACAUAAUUCUUUCUGUGAAUGGUGCCGAGUUGCCCAAACAGGGGCCUGCUGCUGUGUCUGAGCUCGUUGAUGCGAUCAAGAGAAGCCCGAGAAGAAACGUGGUGCUUAGGGUCGGGAGAAGAGAUCAGAAUUUCGAAGUCGGAGUGACCCCCGAUGAGAAUUUCGAUGGGACGGGCAAAAUCGGGGUUCAGUUAUCGCCCAAUGUGAAGAUCACGAAAGUUAUCCCGAAGAAUCUGCUGGAGGCUUGGAACUUUGCAGGGAGAGAAUUCUGGGCCCUGACAUAUAAUGUUCUGGACAGCUUAAGGCAGACUUUCGUGAACUUCUCGCAAUCAGCAAGUAAAGUUUCGGGUCCUGUGGCUAUUAUAGCUGUUGGAGCAGAAGUUGCGAGAUCGAAUAUCGAUGGGCUUUACCAAUUCGCCGCGAUACUUAAUCUUAACCUCGCGGUAAUAAACCUUCUUCCCUUGCCUGCCCUUGAUGGGGGGACAUUAGCCUUAAUCCUCAUAGAGGCUGCCCGUGGAGGGAGGAAGCUUCCCUUAGAAGUCGAACAGAGGAUUAUGUCUUCGGGGAUAAUGUUUGUGAUACUCCUUGGGCUAUUUCUCAUCAUCCGUGACACGCUCAACCUCGACUUCAUCAAAGAAUUGUUGUGAUUGCUUCAUGGGUCAGAUGAUGCAAAGUUGUAGCUGAGUUGAGAGUCGAUGAAUGCAUUUCCCGAAGAUUCUGAUGCAAGUAAUGGACAAGACUCGAUGGCUCCUUCGAAGGAUCACUGGCAAGGUAUUUCUUGGCUCCUGCCCCUCGCCGAAGUUUGUUGUCCUCCAUAUAGAUCUUCUUCCCCUUAGUUCAUUGAAGCCAUAGUUGUUAAACUGAACAGCCAAAAUAUUAACAUGGGUCGAAAACUCGUACUCUCUUCAAUGCCUCGAAAUAUUGACACAAAUUAUGUCGUUUUUUACUAUCUUAUUCUCUCCGACUUGCUCGGUAAUUUAGCUUAUAACUGCCAGUGAACCUGCUUAUGAACUGUGGCUCUUCGAAGUAUAUUCUGUGUACGGUGCGAUAAAGAAACAUGAAAAUUUAUGAGCUGUGAUCCAUCGAAUGUGUUCAAUUUCCCGAUC